AUGCCUGAAAACGAAGAGCACGAUGACAUUGUGGAAAAGGAAGUCGCGUCGAGGUCGUGGUCAAGGACCAUCCUCGACGCCGGCAUCUGGUUCGUCAAAGAUCAGUGGUUCCUGCUGGGCAUGGUUUUAGUGGUUAUCAUCUCGUCACAGGUGCAAGUGCCGCAAGCUCAACAAGCCACAAAGCAAGUCUUGGUGUCGUAUUUAUCAGUCUCGAUUAUUUUCUUCACCAGCGGCUGCACACUCGAUACGAAGACCCUGUUCGACAACUAUGCGAAAUGGAAACACCAUUUAUUUGUUCAGGCGCAAUGUUUCCUGCUGGUGUCCGCUCUGGCCUUCGCCAUCGUGAGCCUGACGGCUUUGAAUAAGAACUUCAUGGAUCCUUGGUUGUUGAUAGGGUUGAUUUUUAAUGGUUGUCAGCCUACAGCAAUGGCCUCGAACGUCCUGUUCACCAGGAAAUCUCACGGCAAUGUGCACCUUACAGUGGUCGAAACGACCAUCGGCAACCUGAUUGGACCAUUUAUUACCCCAGUGCUCAUCAAGAUGUAUCUAUCUGGCGGACAGUGGUAUGCAGGAGUCAUUCCACAGCAGACUGGUGGAUAUCAAGCGCUAUACCGCAGGGUAUUCAUGCAAUUCGGACUAUCGAUCUAUCUGCCCAUGUUCCUGGGUCAAGUCCUGCGAUAUUUCUGUCCCAAACUGGUGAACAAAGUCUUUGUCGACUGGAAAAUCGGCAAAUUCGCCUCAUGUGCAAUGCUUUCACUGCUCUGGCAAACCUUCGAUCAUGCUUUUGGAACUCAGGCAUUUGAAGCGGUCAAGUCGUCGAAUUUGAUUUUCAUUGUAUUCAUUACUAUUGUCAAUUAUGGUACCUGGCUUGCAAUUUCGUUCGUGACGUCUAUCCCAUGGCUCAACAGAGAGGACACUAUAGCAGUAGCCAUGUGUGCUCCCGCAAAGACUCUGGCUCUAGGGGUUCCUAUCAGUUUCUUGCUGUUCACUGGGAUUAGUGCUCUGGAAGAAGCGAAGAUUCAGAUACCAAUGCUGAUUUUCCAAGUCUUACAGAUGGGACUGGCAAGCCUGACGACCAUUGGGUUCAGAAGAUGGGUAGAUGCAGGAGAGAGACGAAAAGCGCAAACGCAGGUGCAAGACGAAGAGUUCUCGGUGCAUAGACAAGAGGUAGACGCUCGUGCAGUAAAAGAAGCUGCGUGA